CACUCGAUGAUGUAACACAGACUGGUAUCCGUUUGUGUUACUUUGUUUGUGUACCAGCGAAAAAAAGUCGGCAGUGACUGAGCGGACGAAGCAAAACACAAGGUUGCACAGUCUUCAGUAGUCGCCAUGUUAAGGGCACCGCUGUCGCGUGCGUUGCUGGUCUCCAGGCAGCUGGCGCCCUGCCUGACCGGUAACCGGCUGAACUCCUCCGCUGCUCCUGAGAAGGUGGAGGUGUUUGUGGAUGACAAGAGUGUGUUGGUGGAUCCGGGCACCACUGUCUUACAGGCAUGUGCCAUGGUAGGCGUGGAGAUUCCUCGAUUCUGCUAUCAUGACAGGUUGUCUGUGGCUGGCAAUUGCCGCAUGUGCCUAGUGGAAGUAGAGAAAUCACUCAAGCCGGUCGCCGCUUGCGCCAUGCCAGUCAUGAAGGGAUGGAGAAUCAAAACAAACUCAGAAAUGACCAGAAAAGCAAGGGAGGGAGUCAUGGAAUUUCUGCUGAUGAACCAUCCACUGGAUUGUCCCAUCUGUGAUCAGGGUGGAGAGUGUGAUUUGCAGGAUCAGUCCAUGGCGUUUGGCAGCGAUCGCAGCCGCUUUACUGACAACCAGUUCACUGGCAAGAGGGCUGUGGAAGAUAAGAACGUAGGACCCCUAGUGAAGACCAUCAUGACGCGGUGUAUACACUGCACACGAUGCAUCAGGUUUGCCAGUGAGGUUGCAGGGGUGGAUGACCUUGGAACCACAGGUCGAGGUGGUGACAUGCAGGUUGGAACUUACAUUGAGAAGAUGUUCAUGUCUGAGAUGUCAGGAAACGUUAUUGAUCUCUGUCCAGUAGGAGCGUUGACAUCCAAACCCUACGCCUUCACAGCCAGGCCCUGGGAAACCAGAAAGACAGAAUCCAUUGAUGUGUUGGAUGCCGUGGGGAGUAACAUCGUGGUCAGUACACGCAGCGGGGAAGUCAUGAGGAUUCUGCCUAGACUACAUGAGGAUAUCAAUGAGGAGUGGAUAUCUGACAAGACCCGUUUUGCCUACGACGGCUUGAAGCGUCAGCGCCUGACCAUCCCCAUGGUCAAGAACGAAGAAGGGAACCUGACCCCCACCAACUGGGAGGACGCCCUCACUCGAGUGGCGGUGGAGCUAAACAAUACUGAUGGCAGUGAUAUUGCAGCCAUUGCUGGAGGUCUGGUAGAUGCAGAAGCCCUAGUUGCUCUGAAGGAUCUUCUCAACAAGCUAGGGUCUGAGGCUCUGUGCACGGAAGAAAUCUUCCCCAUGGAUGCUGCAGGUACGGACCUGCGUUCUAACUACCUGUUGAACACCAGCAUUGCCGGUGUGGAAGAGGCCGACCUGGUUCUGCUGGUGGGAACCAAUGCCCGCUUUGAAGCACCACUCUUCAACACCAGACUACGCAAGAGUUGGAUUCAUAACGACCUCCGAGUUGCUAUGGUCGGGGACAAGGUGGACUUGACCUAUGAGUAUGAUCACCUAGGCGACAGCGUCAGCGCUUUGCAGGAUCUCGUGGAUGGUAAACACCCCUUCAGUCCCACGCUAGCCCAGGCCAAGCACCCUAUGAUUGUUGUCGGCAGUGGGGCUCUCCAGCGUGAAGACGGCGCCACCAUACAUGCACUGGUGGCAAGUCUAGCCCAGAAGGCCAAGGCAUCCAGUCAGGCUGGCGACGACUGGAAGGUUCUCAAUGUGCUACACAGGGUGGCUAGUCAGGUAGCAGCUCUUGAUGUGGGCUACCAGGCCGGUGUAGAUUGCAUCAGGGAGAAACCACCUAGAGUCCUGUUCCUGCUUGGAGCUGAUGGGGGGACCGUCUCAAGAGCAGACCUGCCUGAAGAUUGCUUCAUUGUAUAUCAGGGGCAUCAUGGUGAUGAGGGAGCCACUGUGGCCGAUGUAGUCCUGCCUGGGGCUGCCUAUACUGAGAAGACUGCUACAUACGUCAAUACGGAGGGACGAGCACAACAAACAAGACUUGCUGUCAGCCCACCAGGCUAUGCUCGGGAGGAUUGGAAGAUCAUCAGAGCCUUGUCGGAGAUUGCGGGCCAUGCCCUACCAUAUGAUGAGAUACACGACGUCAGGCACAGACUCAUGGAGGUAUCCCCCAACCUGACCAGAUACGGGGAUGUAGAGGAUGCCAACUUCUUUGCUCAGGCCGAGGCACUGGCUAAGGGUGUUCGAGCACAACAGUCGGGCAAGCCGCUAGAGGUCAAACAAAGGUCACUCAAGGAUUUCUACAUGACAGACCCCAUCAGCCGCGCGUCCUUAACCAUGGCAAAGUGUGUGCAAGCCGUCAAUGAAGCACAAAGCAAGAAGUAAACAAAAACAAGGCAAAUUAUCAGGAACUUGGGGAGUUUGUGGCAUGACCUUAUUUGGGAGCCAGGUUUUGGAGAGUACAAAUUAUCAGCAACUUAAGGGUUCUCUGGCAUGACCCAGUGUGUUGGAUUUGGAGAGUACAAAUGACUAGGAACUUAAGGGUUCUUUAGAAUCACCCACUGAGCCUAACAUUUGAAGAGUACUUUUUCCCAACUAGUUGAAGUAUGGCAAAUUAUGAGGAGACUAGGGGGUCUCUGGCAUGAACUAGGUACCCUGUCUAGGAAAGUACACUAUCCAACCAAAAUCUUAAAAUAUUUAUUAAAAAAAUGUGUGCACAGCAGUUGUUCCCCAACCUUUAAAAGUACAAAAUGCAAUUAAGACAGAAAGUUCAGCUUGAUAAUCUGUCUUUUAUUUCAUUGAUGUCUUGUAGGGAACCCAAAUGCUAUUCAAAUUUUACAAAUCUCAGAAAAGGUUUAAGGUUGCAGUGUAAUUAGGUCUGGAAUUGCAUUCUAUAAAAAUUGUGUUCUUCAAUUUCACUACUUGCAUUUGUCUGUACCUCUGCUGUAUUUAUUCACUAAAACUCUCAAAGAUUUGGAUUAAUUUGUAAAAAUAUCCCGUUUCUUUUAUGUUAGAAAUUAACUGUGUCGAAAAAUUGUAUGAUUGAGUACUUAUGAAACAACUUUUAUGUAAAAAGUGACUUCCUGUAUAGUCAUUAUUGUCAAUUACAUCUCCCCCAGGUUUCCUACUGAAUAGAUUUUAGUUAUCAAACUUUUGGUACACGCACAAGGGUACUAGUUGUUAAAAAAUAUCAAACUAUAUACCAGACAAUAAUGUUCACUGGGUGUGUACGUAUUGCUAAAAUAUUUUAAUCAUUGAAAAACAGCUUUAACAAAGUUUCAAAGAAAAUGCAAACUGAAAAAAAUAACUUAAAAACCUGGCGUGUCAAUUGUACAUAACAAUCGUGAUUUGUUUUCCAAUAAAGUUGAAUUGGACUGAA